AUGGGCAAGAAAAUCGAAUGUUACCUUGAUUGCGUAUCACCCUACAGUUUCUACGCCUUCACGUAUCUCCAACAAAAUGCAGAGGCGCUCGCCUCGCUAGGCGUAGAAAUCGAAUACAUCCCCGUCUUCCUGGGAGGCAUCAACGUAGGGAGCGGUACGCUUAUUCCAACAUUUCCUGCUACGUACUCUUGCAAGUAUUCUGACCAGCAAAGGAAACAAACCCCCUGGACUCUCCCCGCCAAAGCCGCCUACUCUACGUACGACGGCAAACGCGCCCAAAAGUACUUCGGGCACAACUUCGAAGUACCUGCGUUCUUCCCUAUCCUCUCGCUCCUGCCCCAACGAGCACUCACAUACAUCAAGCGCCAGCAUGCCCACAAACUCGUCCCGGCGUUCCUCGCCUGCUUCGAGACGAUGUGGAAUGGCCAGCUGGAUAUCUCCAAGCCGGAGAAUCUGUCCAAGGCAUUAGCGAAGACAUUCUCAGGCGCUGAGGUUGAGGAGAUCCUGGCUGCGGCGUCGAGUCCCGAGAUCAAGAACGAGCUUACAGCGACUACGGAGAGGGUCGUCAAAGUGCUGGGGGCGUUUGGGUGUCCGUGGUUCUGGGUGACUAAUGGCGAGGGAAAAUCGGAGCCGUUCUUUGGGAGUGAUCGCUUUCAUUUCAUGUGGGAUUUCUUGGAGUUGCCGCAUGAGGAUUUGAGAUUGAAGGUUGAGCGGAGGGCGAAGUUGUAGAUCAUCGACAGGAACAUUGUCCCUGGCUAUUGUAUGUAAUACUUGAUCUAUGAGCUUUAUGGAAGGCUUUCCUUGGAAUGUUAUUGAAGGCUGGAAUCCAGCUUGCAG